CGUGUGUUUUGUUGGUGCCUCGCCGAAGGUGUCACGCAGUCCUGCUUCAUACGUGAAUCAAAAUGGCAUCCGCGGAACAGGUCGGCCUCAACAAAACGUGGGAAUUAUCGCUUUACGAGCUACACCGGACCCCUCAGGACGUCAUCACCGACAACACGGAGAUCGCUGUCAGUCCGCGCAGUCUGCACAGCGAACUGAUGUGUCCCAUUUGUCUGGACAUGCUGAAGAAGACUAUGACGACGAAGGAGUGCCUGCACCGUUUCUGCUCGGACUGCAUUAUCACGGCUUUACGGAGCGGUAACAAAGAGUGUCCUACGUGCAGGAAGAAACUGGUCUCCAAACGUUCCCUCAGGCCGGAUCCGAAUUUCGACUUGUUAAUUUCCAAGAUCUAUCCGAGCCGGGACGAGUACGAGGCGCAUCAGGAGCGAGUCCUCGCCAAACUGAACAAGUCGCACUCGCAGGCCGCGCUCGUAAACUCCAUCACGGAAGGCAUCAAACUGCAGAGCCAGAAUCGUCCGCAACGUUCCAGGAAAAAUGCGAACGAGUCGGAGAACGCGAGUAACGCGACUUCUUACAACAACACGUCCAACACCAGCUGUCCCACCACGCCGAACGCGUCUGCGAACGCGGCGAAUCAGAGCGAUUCUUCGCAGAGCACCGGCCCGUUGAACAGCGGAGCUAUCUCCAGCAGUUCGCAAAAUGCCAACAGCAUCUCCCAACCUGCGAGCAGCCCGGCCGUUUCCGGGACGACAUCCAGAAAUUCGACCACGCCAUCGCCGAACCCUGCCAAUCAGAUCCCGAAGCCGCCGAAACGGCAGAAGAGCCUCCAGAAUUCGGAAAACGACUCCUCCAGCGCCGAGGCCGAGACUGGUGGCGGUGAUUCCAUGGUCGAUACGGAGGGCGAAGGGCCCAGCGAGCCUCUCAUGCUGAACGAGAUCGAGCUUGUGUUCAAGCCGCAUCCCACAGAGAUGGCCGGUGACAAUUCUCUCAUAAAAGCGUUGAAGGAGAACAGUAUUCGCUACAUAAAGACCACGGCAAACGCCACAGUGGACCACUUGAGUAAAUACCUGGCGAUGCGGCUGACGUUGGACCUGGACACGGAAUUGUCCGAAUCCGACAGGCUGUUGAAUUUCUGCAUCUACAUCGCGCCCUCGCCCGGCCAGCUCGUGGUGUUGAGCGGCUCACAGACGUUGCGGCAGGUGAACGACAGAUUCUGGCGCGUCAAUCGACCCUUGGAAAUGUUCUACUCGUGGAAGAAGACCUAGGGAAGGCCUCGGAAGUAUCAGUCGGACGGGAAUUAAUCGCGCUCCCCGGAAACGCGAUCGAAUCUUGCCACCUGCUUACGCGAAGUGCAGUAAAACGCGUGCCGAUACGUUGAGGCCGCGUAUGUCAGCGAUGUAUCGUGUUGUACUUUCGCGAACCCUUCACCGAUCUGCUUCGACAGACGCGGGGGGAGAUGUUCUGUCGUUCAUUGUUCAUCGUAGAAAACGGUGCGAUUCUUACGGUCCUUAGAACUCGUUGCUAGCGACCAUUUUUUUCAGCGGACAACGAGAUCUCGAUCGGAUUGUCAGUCGAGGUUGGUGGUGAAACUGAACAUUUUCGGGGUCAGUUUAAGCGGCGUUCGUUAAGGGUGUGUCCUGUUACUACCAUCCACGAUGUAGGGUGCAAUAUCUCAGAAAUGUGAUACCUUCUAUACGUCUAAGUUAAUUUCUUAUCGAUGUACUCGCAAGAUUUUUAGCACACAACGAUAUUGUUAUUAUUCAUUUUACGGUUACAUUGAUUUUGAUCGCGUUAGUGUAUUACGUUACAUAACUCUCGUAACAGGAAGCCAUCUUCGCCGUGAAACGUGAUCGUGGCUCGAAAUUUUUCAGAGAUCCCACCCAACUACGGGUGAUAAUCCUGCGAUAAUCCAGACGUUGCCUUACUGACCGUGCAAGGGGCCAUUAAAAAGCACUUCAUAUCACUGAUAUAGUCGAUAACGCGUGAUCGAAAGCUGUAAGCUGACAAGAAGCUCUCGCGAAUAACACCGAUUCUUUCGUUUCCUUCCGAUAAAAUACGCUUCAUGAUGUGUUACAUACGAUCGCGCCGACUGACAUGUUAAUUGUAGAGUUGGACGAUACGGUAUCGAUAUGAGAGCGUCAACGCAUCGAUACAUAGGGAAAUAGGCUUUUUCCCCAGAAUGAUAAAGUUUUCGCCAAUUGCGGGGGGAGGGGGGGGGGAACCCGAUUUUUCUGGGAGAAAUCCUUAUUUCUCAUUUGUAUCGAUACUGUAUCGCCCAGCUCCAGUUACUCGAUUCGCCGAUUAUGCGUCGAGGCGACUCGAAUUCGCUCGUCUGUGUGUCUCGCGAGAAUUUCGGCCGAGUUCGCAGUCGUUAACACUCGUCGACAAAUUUUAAUCGGCGACGAAUAAUUUUCGGAGCGCACGAUCGUCGCUUAAACUCCGAAUGCUUAAAAGGCCGAGAGCGGCCGUUCGAGGCGGCGCUUAAAUUAAUGAAACCAGCCGCUCGACGGAUGUGUAUAUGAACGAACGGAAGCCUAUAAUCGAAUUGUUAUUACCAUUUGACAUCGUAUAUUGAGUAAUAUCUACGGAGAUUAUGUACAUUCGUAAUACUGGUAUAUGUUAUAUACUCGCGCCUAUCCGUACAUGUUAUUCCACGCCGUUCAAUGGUCUCGAUAUAGUCAUUAACUUAUUUCAAUAAUUCUUAAUCAAUUGCGGACCAUUCUAUAUAGUUUGCGGUGAAGAAGAGUGAAUAAAUACAUGUAUUAUAUAUA